AUGCCUAGUGAUGGUUCAAGAAAGGAUCCGGCAUGGAAUUACUCACAUUUGGAGAAUCCGAAAGAUACAAAUGCCGUCACUUGUAACUUUUGUGCAAAAGUUACAAAAGGAGGUAUUUAUCGGGUUGAACAACACUUAGCUGAAGGGUAUAGAAAUGUGAGUGCAUGCCCAAGAUGCCCAUCUAGUGUUAGAAAAGAAAUCAAAGAGUACAUGAGUAAGAAAAAGGAAGAAAAAGAUCAAAUGAAUUUGUUACCUAGUGAUGAAAUUAAUUUCAUUGAUGGAGAGGAUGAGGAUGACAUUAUGGAAGUUAACAAUCGAGGAAAAAGGGUAGCCAGUGCAGGCAGUGGCAGUGCUAGUGUCAAUUCCUCAAAGAUGCAAAAGCAAAAGGGACCGAUUGAUUUAUAUUUCACUCCCAGAUCGGAAAUUGUGGUAUAA